AGUAUUUAGAAGUUUUGUGACACGGGUGAAGUCACAUGAUCGCUCAUUAUGGCCAUGCAAACUAGGCAGCUUUAAGUCCAGGCCCUGCUUAGGCUAACAUCUGAUAUUCAAAUAGCCGUGCUUUUCUAGAGACAUGGGACAAGGCAGUCACGGGGGACUUCUCCUUAGCAGCGACAGACGGCAACAAACACUACAAACAAAGGAACUGUCAUUGUCAAAUAUGAACAUGAACUAUGUUCUCUUUUCGGAUGGUUUGAACUUUUUUCUUUCGUUGCUUUGCGGAGGUUGUGUGUUAUAAAUGAAAAGUGAAGUUAUCGGUGAAUUGUUGAUACCUACGGCGAACGAGUGGCACACCUUCAUUUAGCGCAACAGCUCCACUACCCAGCUGGCCAGAUGGGGUGCCAAUGCUGUCGGAUGCUGAAAAGUUACAUCUAUGAUCCGACCGCUCCAGUGGACGCCCACGGCAGGAAGAGGGACCCGGCUGAGAGCUCCCUCUACCAGCCCCACCACCUACCAGGAGACAGCGGGAACCAGUUCAACAUCAAGCAGAACCAGGGCUUCCACAACCUGGGCUUCAGCAACAAGUACACCGAAAGAGGAGGUGGCGGAAGCCUCAAGCUGGAGAUCGACAACAACCACAUAAACAACCACAUCAACAAGCUCCACGGCGUGCCCACCAACCCAGAGAGGGAGUUGGGCACGGGGCAGGCAGCCAAGCCUCGUGUGGGGGAGGGUGGUGGGGGUCUGUAUAUCCUCCAUCCAGAGGGCCAGGUGCCAAGACAAGCUCCAUCCAAGGGCCUCAAUCUAGUCCGAGUCUCUCCCAACACAGCCUCCCUGGAUCUUACUCUCAAUCUGACCCACUCAGGUGACACUGACUCUCACCCAGACAAGAUUAGGAUGGUCCGGAACGUCUCGGACCCCUCCAUCGGGGACAGGUAUGGGGUGGGGUGCAACACCUCAUCAGUGGAUGAGCUGGACGAGGGGGUGGGGGGCACGCCGGAGUACCUGGGCGACACGGGAGAUGAGCAGAGUGUCCUGUCUGCGGACAUUCAAACCAGUACGACUAGCCUGUCCUCGGCAGACACAAACGACGAUAGGGGGGCGCCGGACGCCACUACCAUAGAGAAUGGGAUCGGGAUCUCAGUGAAGAAGAGCGAGGAUGAGGGGAAGGAAGGGGAAAACGAUGACGUGCAGAGCGUCACAGACUCUAUGGUGGCGGAAGCUCUGGCAGCUCUAGAGGCAGCGACGGCCGGGGAGGACUACGAGGACUAACUGAUAAAACCUCUUAAUAGUCCAAAAAACACAAUCUAUUCAGCUUCAAUAUCUGAUGUGGCCCAACGAGGAGAUUCUGAUGUAUCUUUUAACAUGUCACAUGGGUAUAUCAAUGUUGUCUGUACUCUCAGGGGAAGGAGAGAAGACUCUUGGUGCUCGACUGUGAAUAUUCCCUGUGUCCUGCUCCCCAAUAUAUGGUACAUAUUAAACUUCCUGGUCUUCAGCUGUACAGUCUACAUUUCUAUGUUCCACCAACACAGCUUCUAGAAGUUAUAUCUCUAUAUUCUGUUCUAUAAAAUGCAGCUCUGCACUGCUUCUAGAACUUGUAUCUCUAUAUUCUGUUCUAUAAAAUGUUCUAUUCAGGGGGCAUACAGUACUUGCCAUGGCUUUGUUUGUCUUCAGGGAGCUUACUGUGCUUCAUUAUAUAAACACAUUGACAGGUCAUCUCCAGCUACCUAUUGGUGUAUCGUAUCCAUGUUGUUGUUGUUGUUGUUUACCUGUUUUACUAUGUUAUUUAUAUAAUGACUGGUUGGCCCAGACUUUUCUGGUUCAAUACAUGUCAGAGAUAGCUUGUCAGAGUCUGUUUAGCUAAGAUUCCACUCCUUGCACUCCUUUCGCAAUGACACAGUGCAAGGAGCGUAAUGUUAGCUAAACAGACUGGUACCCAGGCUAUGUCAGAGACAUUUCUCAAACUUUGGGGAGGAGAGCAGACAUGAUAAAGACCAUAUAGAGAGGUAGUCACAGGGGUUGUUGUUGACGUUAGUUCACUUUACAACCUCCCAUUGUGGAUCAUACUGGGCUGACCUCAUGAGACCUUACGACAGGAAGUAGGUAUAUAUCACAGAUAUACGUAGCAUCUCUGUAUCCUGUUUUCCCUCUAAUGUAAACAUUCCACAUUUGUGAUGGGUCUUUGUUUCAAUGAAUGAAAACUAUAUUGAUUUAUUUUUUUAUCGGGACUAUCUUUUUAAAGUCAUUGUUUGUUUGCCAAAAUCAUUUCUAUUCAAAUGUAUAUGUACAUAUAAUGCAUUUAGAAGUUUAAUUUGCUAUGUACUGCCAAGAAGCCUUAAAUUAUUUUUAAAUCAAAGCACAGAUGUUUUCAGGGGCACAAUAUUUAAAAAAAAGAAUUGGCCAUGUUUCUCUGGUCGCUCACAAAUCGCGAUAUUCAUCUCGUACACACCCCUCUCCCUUUUCUCAAACUCUUUCCUUUUUCCGGUCUCUUUCUACCAGAUCCAAUCGCUCCAUCUCUCUCAAGGAUGUGCAUCAAAUACAAAACCCAUCCUGUUAACACCUGUGUAGACUUGGUGUGUGUGUGUGUGUGUGUGUGUGUGUGUGUGUGUGUUUUUAGGAAAUCGAAGCUGAAAUGUUUCUCUGAUAGCCCUCUGAUAUUCCUUGCCACCAGAGCCCUGGGACCAGGCCUAACUAAGGCCCUUGGAGUGUUACUCAGGCCAAAAGGAGACCUGAUUCCACCCAGGCUAAGGCGGUGAACGUGCUAACUUUGGCUCACCACAUGAUAGCUAUUAGUGUGUCUCUCCCAACCUCCCCUCGCAGUAGGAGAGGAGACACAGAAAUAUCCCAAUCUUGUGAUGUUUCUUUUUUAGCCACAUUAUCUCUCCCAUCUCCUUUUCUUUACUGAGUGUUUGUCUCCGUUUGUCUUCGUUUAAUCACACACCAUCCCUCUCGCUGUUAGAUGCUGUUUUGGUUUUUUUUGGGGGGAGCAUCUGUUUCUGUGGUAUUACAGUGUUGCUUCUGUUUUAACACAUAACAGUGGCCUUCCUCUUAAUAUCUCCAUAUCAACUCCACAAUAUCAACCCCUUUUUCAAGGUGCCCAAAGUGACUGCUCAAACAGAGGUUAUCAUCUGAUCUGCUGUUUGAGGUGUAAACUUGCUUGUUUUAUUAGAAGGAAAACCGAAAUGUGCCCGUCUGACUCAGCUACUAAACUCUCCCAGAGAGGUUACAUGAUGGAAUAACAGCUCACUCAGCAGCACCACAGUUAAUCUUACUACUGACUGACUGACUGACUGCGUGAGUGACUGCCUGCCUGCCUGAUUAACUGACUGACUGACUGACUUCCUGAGUGACUGACUGACUGACUGCCUGCCUGACUGACUGCCUGCCUGAUUAACUGACUGACUUCCUGAGUGACUGCCUGCCUGACUGCCUGCCUGACUGCCUGAGUGAUUAACUGACUGACUGACUGCCUGCCUGAUUAACUGACUGACUGACUGACUGACUGCGUGAGUGACUGCCUGCCUGAGUGAGUGACUGCCUGCCUGCCUGUGUGCGUGAGUGACUGAGUGAGUGAGUGACAGUAGGGGGUUUCACGGUCUGUGAUGUCACAGUGCAGGUUAAAUUAACUACUACCCCUUCAGCCGUCUUGGGGUCUACUUUUGGUGUGUGUGUGUGUGUGUGUACAUAUGAAUGUGUAUUAACAAUAGGGUUAGGGUUACAGUUUCAACACUGACGCCUGGGGUUGACGGUCAGGUAGAAAUCUAUAUGUUGAAGAGUUAACAGAGCUUUGUCUGUCCAACCUGUACAGUAGAUUGUCUAUUUUCCAUGAUAUAAACAGCACAGUAUCCUUGUGAAGAAGCACGGACUACAGUGGGUCAGAAAUGUAUUGUACGAUCUCUGUAAAAUUCUCAUAAAUAAAAUAACCAUGAAAAUAAA